UUAAUGAUGAUCAACGACACCUUUGUAUUUGUGGACACUAAUGUUUCUGAGCUGCCGCCGCCUCUGUCCGUCAGCCACAACCACAGCGCGUUCCCGACGCUCCGGCUGGAGUCCACGUCUCUGGUCAUUUCGGCCACGAUGUUCGCCGUGGGUGUCCUGGGGAACCUGAUCGCCAUAGUGGUGCUGUGCACCUCCAAAAAAGAGCAGAAGGAAACCACGUUCUACACGCUGGUGUGCGGGAUGGCCAUCACGGAUCUUUUGGGCACGUGCUUCACGAGCCCGGUGGUGAUCGCCACCUACGUGUGGAGCCGCUGGCCCGGCGGAGCGCUGCUGUGCCACUUCUUCUCCUUCUCCAUGCUCUUCUUCGGCUCGGCCGGGAUGUCCAUCCUGUGCGCCAUGGCCGUGGAGCGCUACCUGGCCAUAAACCACGCGUAUUUCUACUCCCAGCACGUGGACCGGACGACGGCGCGCUUUGCGCUAAUGAUCACCUACCUGGCCAGCAUCGUGCUCAGCAUCUUGCCCAGUUUCGGCUUCGGCCAGCACGUCAGACACUUCCCCGGAACGUGGUGCUUUCUGGACUGGAGGGCGACGGAUCUACUCGGCGCGUGCUACUCGUUCCUGUACGGCGGCGUGAUGCUGCUGCUGAUCGCAGUGACGGUUCUGUGUAAUCUGGCGGUGUGCCGGUCGCUGGUGGGGAUGAACCAGAGGACAGGGAUAGUCCGGACGGAGCUGUGUGAGCAGGGAGGGUCGAAGAGGUGCUUCCCGCGGCUGCCCUCCGUCGCAUCAGCGGCAGAGAUCCAAAUGUUCUGGCUGCUGGUCUUCAUGACCAUCGUUUUCCUGAUCUGCUCCAUCCCCUUAGUGGUGCGGAUCUUCGUUAACCAGCUCUACGGUCCUGCUCAUGUUGCAGCCGGAGGCAAACCGGACUACCGCAGCGAUCUACUGGCGAUCCGCUUCGCCUCGUUCAACCCGAUUUUAGACCCGUGGGUGUACAUUCUGUGCCGAAAGAACCUGCUGCUGAAGGGCUGCGGCAGACUGAAGAGAACAAUGUCUCAAGUUAAAGACGGCCGAGACAACACUGCCUGGGAAGCAGGUCAGAACUCUCCUCCGUCUGUGCACAGCAACGACACCAGCUACGCGUCAUUACGCACAGCCGGCUAUAGGAAUGAUGUGGAACAGCAGCUUCCAGUCAGGAAUAAAUCAUUCACAGACUUCACGGUGAAACAAACGUGUGACUACGACACCGACCAGGUCAGCUUCCACCCGUUCGGCGUCGAGACUUGCGCGAUCCGUGGCUAAGGCGCAGAAACGCCGCUGCGUAAAUAACCUGU